AGGGGGGGAGAAACCUGAGAUGUACCGGAGAGAGAAAAAGGAGGAGACUUGUCGGGAGGCAGUUAAUCAUGUGGUAAAGGGAGCUGAAGGAACAUGAACUUGGUUGUGGGAUGCGUGCGAAGGAGAACAGCAUGAUGGUUGCAGCCUGUUCGGGGGAGAAGAGGCAAAGAAAGGGAUGUGGUAGUUUUCAUCCCCAGCCCUCACGUGGCAGUGAUGAUGAAGGCAAUACUUCCAUGAACUCCUUUGGUUUUGCCCUCCGAGGCCUCCCCUUGGCCUUGGUAUCCAUGAGGCAGGGGGUCGUCUCAGACUCGCGCUUCCAUCCAAGAUGGAAAGCAAUAUUUGUGGCGGCGCUCCUGGCUUUGGUUUUCAUGCUAUAUUUGCACCGGACAACAGAAGACGGAGAUACUUUGACCAAAGGUUACCACCGGAACAGGGCUCAUACUUUCCACAUCUCUCAUAAGGCUGAAGAUGACAUUUUCAGGGAAACUAAAAAAAAAACUACACCAAGGCGCCAGAAAAGUGAAAAACCUUACAAUGACACGUACCCUUUAAGUCCACCAGAGAAGACCAGCCACGGCGUGCGCUAUCGUAUCGGUGUAAUUGCAGACCUUGACACGGCAUCCAGGAGCUCCAAGGAUCAGACGUGGUUCAGCCGCAUGAAAACGGGCUACCUGACUGUGUCGGAGGAUGCUAACAAGCUGGACGUGGAGUGGGAUGCAGACGGUGUCGUCCUGGAGAGCCAUCUGGCUGAGAAAGGAAGAGGUAUGGAGCUGUCAGAGCUGGUGGUGUUCAACGGUCACCUGUACAGUGUCGAUGACCGCACAGGUGUGGUGUACAGGAUUGAGGGGAGCCGGGCCAUCCCCUGGGUUAUAUUACCUGAUGGCGAUGGUUCAGUCUCUAAAGGAUUCAAGGCGGAGUGGCUGGCAGUGAAAGACGAGCACCUGUAUGUUGGUGGCUUGGGGAAGGAGUGGACCACGACAUCAGGGGAGGUCGUCAACAACAAUCCGGAGUGGGUGAAAGUUGUCGGGUACAACGGCGAAGUGGAGCAUAAAAACUGGGUGCCCUACUACAACGCCCUGCGGAGCGCAGCAGGAAUCAAACCACCAGGCUACCUUAUCCACGAAUCAGCGUCUUGGAGCCAGCACCUGCAGCGCUGGUUCUUCCUGCCUCGUCGCGCCAGCCACGAGCGCUAUGAAGAGACGGCGGACGAGCGGCGCGCCACCAACCUGCUCCUGUCCUGCCCCACAGACUUCAGCCACAUAGUCACGCAACGUGUGGGACCACUCCACCCCACCCACGGCUUCUCCUCCUUCAAAUUCGUCCCUGGCACGGAUGACCAGAUCAUCCUCGCUCUCAAGUCAGAGGAGGACGCAGGGAAGAUCGCCACCUACAUCAUUGCAUUUACGCUGGGCGGCCGAGUGCUGCUGCCCGAGACUAAGAUAGGAGACGUGAAGUACGAAGGACUGGAGUUCAUCUGAAAGCAGCGCCGAGGUGUUGGUCUGCAGCAGAUGAGAAGAAGAAGAAACUACUACAUUCCCUUUGAGUUUUUAUGUAGGAUAUCACCUAAAUGAAUAUAUUUUAUACUGGACUGACAUUUGGGGGACCUAAGCAUAUUGUGAACAACCACAGCCUCUCAUGACUGAUGCAGCUGCAGAGUCAGCCAGCAGCUCAGGAGUUUUAACUAGUUCAAGUCUUAACAUGUUCACGUAAGCACUUCUAGAGGUUUUUCUCUCUUGGUUUCUGUGCUAGCAUAAGUUGAGACUACUGCAGUGGUUCAUAACAAAAGUUAGUAAUAUGGAAACUAAAAACUGCAUUUAUUAGACAGUGAUUUAAAACAUGUAUUUAUUUGAGAAGAGUGUGAAGAAAAGAAAUCCAAUAGUUUAUAUUGAACCUUUUUAGUUUUAUUUUCAUAGAUUUGACACCAGCAACCAGUUUCCAAACAGUGGGAACAGGGGAAUGUUGCGCCACAUUUGAACAAGUGUUCUGGAGCUGAGAAAACCGAGCACUUUGAAAGGAAAAUGCUUUCUUUGUUGUAUUUUUCUUUUCAUUAUGUGCCAAAUGUUUUUAGUUGCUGACAGUUGCAAAGUGAGGGUAACAAGCCGGUUGUGCCUAAUCCUCUCCAGAGCUGGGGUAGGGGGAAGGCAGUGCUAUUUCUUGAUAAGGUUUAUAUUAUUUUCUUUACAUUUUAACUUGCAUUUGUUGAUGCAAUGAUAAUGAUUUUCUGCAGUGAGAACAGAACACACAUGAGAUUUCUGCUUAAUAUUCCCUAUAACAUCAUGUACCAAAGAUGCUUUUUGAGUCCUCCGGAGUGGCAAAGUCCUCCCUGACUUCACUUGUUGGAGUUUCAAGCAAGCUGAGAAGUUAUUUUUAGGCUUGGUCAUGUUUAUCAUGUUACUUAAUUGGGUGUGGGAUGCUGCACCAUUUUUUUAAAACCAUAUCACAGCUUCUGCAGAUCUGUCCCAGAUCUGUCCCAAUUCUUUUGAAAUGCAGUAAAAAAAAAAAAAGAAAGUUCUACAGGUAUUGAUACAUUUUUUGUUGUACCAGUUUCGAUUUGGUUAUUUUAAAUUUCAUCUCCUUCAUGUACGGUUUGUGCAGUAGCCUCACUUUUUUUUUUUUUGAGAGGGUCUCCAGAAGAGUUUGUGCUAAAAUGUUGCAGCCGAGCUCCGCUGGUCAGACACUCAGGGGGACGAGGAGAACGAGCAAAGAACAGAAAUCACGGUCCUUAAAUUACUUGAAAUCCAAAGAUGACUCAUUUCUGUGUUUUGUUGUUCAGGCACAAUUAACAAUUAUACUGGGGUAUUGGAUUUUGUGUGCACUGAUCAGUCACAUUAAAACCACCAAAAUGAGUAAAUUGUUACAGUGCAAAGUUCUGCUACUGGGACAUCUAAAUCCGAUACAUCCCCAAAGGUUGUGCGUGUAUUAACAUUAGCAUUAAGGGAACCUCAACACUAUUAGAAAGGGGGUUUAUUGUGAGUGAUCAGUCCAUAUCAGCUGUGCUGUAAAAGCUAGGAGCAAAAGGGCAGUCUGGGCCGGUCCACCUUAAAUGGACUCUAACUGAAUGUUGUAUGCUUUUAAAGCAAAAUAAAAGCUAUUUAAUUUAA